AUGGCUGAGGAUGGGGGUAUAAAUCUCUCCGAGGCCCCCGCUUCUGGGGGCUCAGAGGGUCGUUCCUCUCUGCCGAGGACUUUCAUCCGACUCAACGACCUGUCCGGGCUGGGGGCGGCCGGCGGGGGGGAGCUGGUGAUGAUGGAGUCCCCAGCGCUCGACGGGAUCUCUGCGGCCGGGGAUGAUGGCUCGACGCACGGCGGGGAGCUGCCCUACCCCACGUUGGCCCCUGUGGUCUUCUUCUACAUGAAGCAAAGCACGAGGCCGCGGAGCUGGUGUCUGAAAAUGGUCUGCAACCCAUGGUUCGAGCGAGCAUCAAUGCUGGUGAUCCUGCUGAACUGCGUGACACUGGGCAUGUUUCAUCCCUGUGAAGACAACAACUGUGUCUCGGAGCGCUGCAAAAUCCUACAGGGCUUCGAUGACUUCAUCUUUGCAUUCUUUGCCAUUGAAAUGGUGAUUAAAAUGGUGGCGCUGGGGAUUUUUGGCAAGAAGUGUUACCUUGGAGAUACGUGGAACCGUUUGGACUUCUUCAUUGUACUGGCUGGUGUCAUUGUUUACAGUCUUAAACUGAGAAACAUCCAUCUAACCAGGCUCAGGACAACUCAACUUCUAAGGAAGCUUAUUCGGUUGAACCGAGUACUUCGUAUGCGCAUCCUGGUAACCCUGCUGCUGGACACGCUGCCCAUGCUUGGUAACGUGCUGUUACUUUGCUUCUUUGUCUUCUUCAUAUUUGGAAUCGUUGGUGUCCAAUUGUGGGCCGGCUUGCUCCGAAACCGAUGCUUCGUCAAAGACAACUUCUCCUUCCCUCUGUCUGUGGAGCUAGGAAAAUACUUCCACACUGAAAAUGAUGAUGAGAACCCUUUCAUCUGUUCCAUGCCAAGAGACAAUGGCAUGAGGGACUGUGGUUCAAUACCCAAGCUGUACGAUGAGGGAGGUCAGCAGUGCAACCUAGAUAUUGAAUCGUACAACAGCACGGACAACACCACAUGCGUCAACUGGAACCAGUACUACAUCAACUGCUCCGCUGGUCUUAUCAACCCCUUUAAGGGAGCGAUAAACUUUGACAACAUCUGCUAUGCAUGGAUUGCCAUCUUUCAGGUGAUUACUCUAGAGGGAUGGGUGGACAUCAUGUACUUUGUGAUGGACGCUCACUCUUUCUACAACUUCAUCUACUUCAUUCUACUCAUCAUUAUCGGUUCAUUCUUUAUGAUCAACCUGUGCCUGGUGGUCAUUGCUACUCAGUUCUCAGAGACCAAGCAGAGGGAGAGUCAGCUGAUGAAGGAGCAACGAGUGCGCUUCAUGUCAAAUGCUAGUACUCUGGCUUCUGUCUCAGAGCCAGGGUCCUGCUAUGAUGAGCUGCUCAAGUAUUUAGUUCACAUUAUUCAAAAGGGAGCCAAGCAAGUGGCUCAUGCCUGCAGGUUUUUAGCUCGUCGUGCAGGGCUCAACGUAGUCACCUCAUCACCACUUACAGAGCCCCAACAAAGCCAGAGCCAGAGGAGGAGGAGGAGGAAGUCCUCCAGGCAGGGCUCUGUGUCAGUUCAUCACCACCAUCAUCAUCAUCAUCUCCAUCACUACAAUCUAGGGAAUGGCAGUGUGACGGAUGGAGGGAGCUUCAGGUGUCUGGAAGGACGAGAUCUUGAAGCUGGAGGUCAUAGCAACAAUGAAGAGUUCCCCAGAGCCGUCACUGGCAGUGGGCGUACUGCUUUGGCACUGCCAUCUUCUAUGACAGCAACAACCUCUGACUCAAACCUUGCCACUUUGUCUGAUAACACUGGGGAAGAUGCCAGUUCACCUUCAUGUUGUAGUCCACUCAGCACAGAAGCUCCUCGUUGCAGUUUCUUUCCCAUCAGUAGAGGAAUGACUCCAGUCACCUACUUGACUCCAGCUCCCAAAUCCAGAGUCAUGAAGAGGAACUCUGUGCCAUUUGCUGCUCCUGCACCCAAGAACUACCCCACCCUCCAGGCUCGAGCCUUAGCAGAAUCCAGACGAGGAAGUAUCGCUGCCAGCACACUAACAAAUAUUAGUUUUAACCUCAAUAUCCCACCAAUGCCUUUGGAGAGACGACCAUCAAGCCUGGUGGACAUGCAUACAGCUCAGCUCUCAUGUCAACUGUCGGCCCGUGACCUUAGCACCACUAGUAGUGCCAUGGAUAAGGUUGCUCCAACAUUAGACCUUGAAAACUGCCCCUACUGCGCCAAAGGCCUGGCCAGCAAAUCAGGUGGGGUCACCGAGGGCAACGAGAACCCAGGCGACUCUGACAGUGAUGGAGUUUAUGAGAUCAGCCAGGAUUUCCAUCCCAGGGACAGGAGGGACAGCAGACAGCCCAAGAAGAAGAGCCGGAGGUUGGGCAAAACCGCUUCCAGCGUUGUCCACUUCUGGAGGCUGGUGUGUGACACCUUCAGGAAGAUUGUGGAUAGCAAGUAUUUUGGAAGAGGGAUUAUGAUCGCCAUUCUGAUUAACACUCUGAGCAUGGGGAUCGAGUACCAUGAACAGCCUGAAGAGCUUACCAACGCCCUGGAGAUUAGUAACAUUGUCUUCACCAGCCUGUUCUCCCUAGAGAUGCUGCUGAAGAUUUUGGUCUAUGGGCCUUUUGGCUACAUCAAGAACCCUUACAAUAUAUUUGAUGGGAUUAUUGUGGUGAUCAGUGUGUGGGAGAUUGUGGGUCAGCAGGGUGGAGGUCUGUCUGUGCUCAGGACCUUCCGGCUGAUGAGGGUGCUGAAGCUUGUCCGUUUCAUGCCGGCCCUACAGAGGCAGCUGGUGGUGCUGAUGAAGACGAUGGACAAUGUGGCCACUUUCUGCAUGCUGCUUAUGCUCUUCAUCUUCAUUUUCAGCAUCCUGGGGAUGCAUUUGUUUGGUUGUAAGUUUGGCUCAGAACGAGAUGGAGACACCUUGCCAGACAGAAAAAACUUUGACUCUCUUCUGUGGGCCAUAGUGACUGUUUUCCAGAUUCUGACCCAGGAGGACUGGAACAAGGUGCUGUAUAAUGGCAUGGCCUCCACCUCCCCUGUAGCUGCUCUCUACUUCAUUGCACUUAUGACAUUUGGCAACUACGUCCUUUUCAACUUGCUUGUGGCCAUCUUGGUCGAGGGAUUCCAAACAGAGGAAAUGUCCAAGCGGGAGGACUUGCAUGCCCAGCUGAGCCUAAUUCAGCUGCCUGUAGACUCGGGGGGUGAUGCUUCGAAAACAGGUUCAGAGAUUGGUUCUGCUGCAAGAAGUAUGGAGGAUGUUACGAGCAGCAAGAAAGAUUUAUCACCUUCUGCAGUAGUUCCAGUAAAUGGCCAUGUGGAGAUGAAGACAAGUCUGACUCCACCUCUUAUUACCCACACUGCUGCCACACCCAUGCCUGUGCCCAAGUUACCUGUGGCAGGUGACCCCAUCCUGGGCUUUGAGUCCCGGCAAGGCAGCAACAACUCUAUAGAUCCAGCCUGCUAUGAGAAGUCACCUACCAGUACCGGCUCCUCUCCUCACCCUCAGUGGAGCUCUGGCAGUGGCUGGACCAGCCGCAGAUCCAGCUGGAACAGUUUGGGUCGCACGCCAUCCUACAAAAGACAGAAGCGACAGACAGGCGAGCGGCGCUCGCUUCUGUCUGGGGAGGGUGACUCGAGCUCCAAUGACGAGCAGGGUGGAGGAGAGGAUAAGGGUGGACUAAUGGAGGAAGACAACUUAUCCCUAGCCAGGACAGACUCUAUGUCCCAAACACAGAGCAGGCCCCGACACAGAAGGAUGGAGUCCGUGGAUACUCGGAGUUCAAUGGAUUUGCCUCUAGAGGCACUGCUGCAGGUGCCGUAUCUGUACCGCUCAGCCAGCAUGCACAGCUCCAGACCCCCGUCCUUGGGUCAUUUACAGCCUCUGGAGCACAAAGACUGCAACGGAAAGGGCUCUCCAUCAGCCCCGAACCCUACAAAUGUCUCUUUGGAGGAAAACACUGAGGAUGAAAAUGUAGAAGAAGACGCCAGUCUGAGUCGAUUUGCCAGAAUAUUACGAUGGCUGGAAAAAAAACAGCCUGAUUGGUGUCGACAGAGAGACACAUGGUCGCUCUACCUGUUCCCUCCUGAGUCCAGGUUUCGCAUUCUGUGCAACAAGAUCAUCACCCACAAGAUGUUUGACCAUGUUGUGCUGGUCAUCAUCUUCCUCAACUGUAUCACCAUCGCCAUGGAGAGGCCUUACAUUGAUUCCACCAGUGCUGAACGCAUCUUUCUCACCGUGGCAAACUACAUCUUCACAGCAAUCUUUGUGGCUGAGAUGACCGUAAAGAUCGUGGCUAUGGGCUUUUUCUUUGGGGACAAAGCUUACCUGAGAAGCAGCUGGAACAUCUUGGAUGGGAUGCUGGUGAUGAUCUCUGUGAUUGAUAUCCUGGUUUCUCUCAUCUCUAACUCGGGAACCAAGAUCCUGGGCAUGCUCAGAGUGUUGAGGCUGCUGAGGACCUUGAGGCCGCUACGUGUGAUCAGCAGAGCUCCAGGGCUGAAGCUAGUAGUCGAGACACUGAUGUCGUCACUAAAGCCCAUCGGCAACAUCGUGGUCAUCUGCUGUGCCUUCUUCAUUAUCUUUGGCAUCCUGGGAGUGCAGCUUUUCAAGGGAAAAUUCUUUGUGUGCCAAGGAGAGGAUGUAAGGAACAUCACCAACAAGUCAGACUGUUUCCAAGCCAACUAUAAAUGGGUCAGACACAAGUACAACUUUGACAACCUUGGUCAGGCGUUGAUGUCUCUCUUUGUGUUGGCCUCAAAAGAUGGAUGGGUGGAUAUCAUGUACGAUGGACUUGAUGCUGUAGGAGUUGACCAACAACCUAAAAUGAACCACAACCCAUGGAUGCUGCUUUACUUCAUCUCCUUCCUCUUGAUCGUUGCCUUUUUCGUCCUCAACAUGUUUGUGGGCGUGGUGGUGGAGAACUUCCACAAGUGUCGGCGGCACCAGGAGGCCGAGGAGGCCAAGCGCAGGGAGGAGAAGAGACUGAAACGAAUGGAGAAAAAGAGACGGAAUUUAAUGGUUCCGGGGGUGAGUUGGGCCCUUUCUGACGGCACACUGAAAGAAGCUCAGAGUAAGCCGUACUACUCCGAUUAUUCCCCAACCCGGCUGCUCAUCCACAGGAUGUGCACCAGCCACUACCUGGACCUGUUCAUCACCAUCGUGAUUGGGCUUAACGUCAUCACCAUGUCCAUGGAGCACUACGAGCAGCCACAGGAGCUGGACGAUGCACUGAAGAUCUGCAACUACAUCUUCACUCUUAUCUUUGUUUUGGAGUCUGUCUUCAAGUUGGUGGCGUUCGGUUUCCGUCGCUUCUUCAAGGACAAGUGGAACCAGCUGGAUCUGGCCAUUGUGCUGCUGUCCAUCAUGGGCAUUACUCUGGAGGAGAUCGAGGUCAACGCUUCUCUGCCCAUCAACCCAACCAUCAUCCGCAUCAUGAGAGUGCUGAGGAUCGCAAGAGGUACGACGCUCGCCUUGCUUUCUCUCUGGCACAGAGCAGUCCUGUUAACAAAAAUUCAAUCACUAAAUCAAGUGGGCAAUCUGGGUCUACUCUUCAUGCUCCUCUUCUUCAUCUUCGCAGCACUGGGAGUGGAGCUGUUCGGUGACUUGAUUUGCGAUGAGCUCCAUCCAUGUGAGGGUUUGGGUCGUUACGCCACUUUCAGAAACUUUGGGAUGGCAUUUCUGUUGCUCUUCCGAGUUUCCACUGGGGACAACUGGAAUGGCAUCAUGAAGGACACGUUGAGAGACUGUGCCCAGGACACGGGGACCUGUUACAACACUGUGGUUUCUCCCAUCUACUUUGUGUCCUUCGUUUUGACGGCUCAGUUUGUGCUUGUCAACGUGGUCAUCGCGGUGCUCAUGAAACACCUGGAGGAGAGCAACAAAGAGGCGAAGGAGGAGGCAGAGCUAGAAGCAGAGUUGGAGCUGGAGCUACAGAUGGAAGGGGCAGACACAGGGACAAGGUCACCCCAGCUCAACCCUCUUGCACUGGGUAUAGACAGGUCAAGUUCAGGGGGUUCCCCCUGGAGGUCCACUGGAGGUGGGGACAUGGAGCAGGAUAGAGAAGGUCCUAUGGACCCGCUCACUGCUGAUAUAACCAGAGACUCUGUAAACAUCAGAGCUGAACCACCCUCUUGUCCAGAGCCACAGCUGGAGUGUAUCCAGCGGAGAGCACUGUUUGACACAGUCUCCCUGGUCAUCCAGGGUUCAAUGGAGGGCGAGCUGAGCUUGAUGGACAACCUGUCGGGCUCUGUCUGUCACUACUACGCGCUGCCUUCCAAGCCCAACAAGCACAGCUCCAACAAGAAGAUACCCCUAGCGGAGAUGGAAGGUCUGUCUCUGGCCUCAGAAAAAUCCUGGUCCCUAGCUCUGACAGAUGACUCGGCCCCUGAUGAUUUUAACCCCCUCUUUCUAACCAGUCUGGAAUGCAAUCCAGAGGAGCUUUGUUCUGAGGGUCCUCUGAACGACAACCUGCUGAGCGUCAAAAAGCCUGCAGUGGGAAGGACCCACUCUCUGCCCAAUGACAGCUACAUGUUUUUCCCCCUGCAACCCUUGGGCCCAUCUUCUCCAGCUCCAAUGGGACUCGUAGCACAGCCACAAGAACCCCAACACAUAUUAGGCACCCACAGGGCCCAAUCAGGCUCCAGAGGCUCGGUCCAGUCGCAGCCGGAGGAGCGUUCUCAGCAGCUGACUGUCCCCACAGACUUCUUCCGACCCAUCAGCCCCCACAGCCACUCAGACUCCGAGAGUGUACCGCGACAACAUCCUUCCAGAUGCACACAUGCACUCAGUCGCACACUCCGCCGACAGGUUGCAGUGUCUACUGAUUCUCAGGAGGCCCUCUGUUCGGACGGAGCGGGUGGGAGCAGUGAAGGACUUUUAAACGUGGCAGCUUUGGGCCUACCUCUAUCCUCCUCCUCCUCCUCCUCCUCCUCCACCUCUCCUUACUCCUUCUCCCAUCAUCCUCAUCAGCAGCAGCAACCAGCGCUCUGUCUGAUUCCUGCCACACCAGGCACCUCUGUGUGUGCACGCCCCAGCAGCGUGCACACACAGCACCACGACCAACACUGCCUCACAUCCUACUCCUCGUCCACCUCCCCUCUGCAUCCCCCACUCUUACCAACCCCACUGCAGCAGCAGCAGCAAACGGAGGAGGAGGAAGAGGAGGAGGAGGCCACCGAGGAUCAAGAGGUGUCUCUCAUCACCUGUGGAGGACUGGCUGAUAGCGACGACAUCAUCGUGGAGGAUGGCAGCAGUGGCAGUAACGAGGGUUACCUUGGUCCCGCAGGCUGCCAGGAGAGUCAGAGUUCAUGUUUGAGGCAGCUCAAGAGGUUCCACAGUGUUGACACGCAGGACCGUAGCACACUCCUGCCCCGCCCCCGCCCCCACUCCUGGUUGGACGACCCGCACCGCCACUCUGUGGAGGUGUGUUCGGCGAAAGACCGCAGGCCGCAGCACAGCACCCACUCCACCUCCUCCGGCUUCGUGUCCCAGACUGACAGCCUGCAGAUGCACAGCCAGGUUCCUAACCAGAGCUCACUGCCCUCCCCCCGCCGCAAGAAAAAGACAAGCCCGCCCUGCAUAUCUGUGGACGCCCCCGACGAACUGGAGACACAGUCAGGCCUCUACCCCGUGCUAGGCGGACUGGGGGUGCCCCCUCCUCUGCUCAGCAGGGACACUUGUCUGAGAAGGAGAGUGCCCUCCAGUGACUCCAAGGACUCGUUUGACCUGGGGGUGGGAGAGGGCUCUGGGCAGGAGGGAGGCUUGCCCAACCCCAACCCCAAGCUAUUGACACUUCCCAGCUUCUCUUUUGAGAAAACAACCUCUGAGCACUGAACACUGACACUCCAGCCACACACACACACCCAAACCCAGAGAAACAUUCACACAUACACACGUAUACACACACGAUGCACUUUGUGUGUCUUGUGACGGUGAUAGUUCUAGUAAUAAUGCUGUAGAAAGUAAUAACGGUAAAACUACAACAGUAAAACCAUUCUUCAUGAGGAGUGUGGUGCUGUAGUAGUGUGACCUUGUCUUUAUAUCGUUACUGCCAAAACUACCGGAGAAGACGUGAAGGCCUGCAUCAACAAACAUGACUGUUUCUUUUCUGUGACGCC